UUUGCUCUGUCACACUGAUCAUUACAAUCAUGUUUAUGGAGCUCAGAAUGUUGCCUUUUAUAUUCUUUAUGACACUACAUGUUCACUCAACACAUGCCGGAAAAUUGGCAGCACCCGAGCAUGUGAAGAUAACUUCUGUCAACAUGGGUGCAGUUGUAGAGUAUCUGCAUAAUUCUAUGGAUAAUGUUACAUACACUACAAGAUAUAGCCUGGGGAAAGUAACAACUUACAUCUGUAACAACUCUAAAGAACUGAAAUGUGACGCGGGACAGUUGCCAACUGUAUUUGGGAGGUACGUUUUCCAGGUGCGAGCAGAGCUUCAGGGGCGGUUCUCUAAGUGGGUUAAUGCAGAUCCGUUCACACCUGAUACGCAAACUAUCAUAGGACCCCCUGCUGUACAUCUUUUCAUCAAAAGGAAUAUUUUGGAAGUGCACGUCCAGGACCCGGUGCUGAAAGUGGGCAGACUCAGGAACAUUUACAGUGAAGUGUCUUAUGUCAUCAAAUAUUGGAUCGAUGGCUAUGAGGAAUCGGUGAUCGAGAAAAAGAUUAAUAACGAAGACGAGGAGGAAGACGUGAAGAUGAGAAUAAAAGAAUUGAGCUCAUGGAGCAGAUAUUGCACUCAGGUGCGAAUGCUUCUCAAAGACAAAAGAAAUCAGACCCCAUUCAGUCCGGCUGUUUGCGUGCACAACGUUCCUGUUCUGACCAGUUGCGUCAUCGCAGUUGCUGUCCUCCUUCCUCUGGUGCUCCUGUCCUCCUGGUUGAUAUAUAAAGUGAAAGAGUUUCUGUAUCCUGAAACCGAACUACCUGAUCGUUUUAGCAAGUUUGAAGCAAUACAGCAUCCAUCAAACCAAAAAGAAAAGCUGGAUAAAAUAAGUGCCAUAUCUGAGGACCACUUUUAUGAAGUUCCCACUGUGAAAGCCAAGAACCCGGAGGAGGACACGUGCUGUCUAGCCCCAUUUCAAGAAGUGGAGUAUGACUACAAACACCUGAUGCAAACAAAACCCGAACCGACUUUCUACCCGAACCAUCUCUACCCAAUAUGCUUGAAGAACAAGUUUGUCGCUCAUUUAAAUCAAACUGGGUUUGGAAGUUCCAUUCAGUCUUGUUACUACAAUUUAGCUGAUUCCAACUUUAAUAUGACACACACAAACAUUUGCUGAAGUAGACAAGCUAAUAUUUAAUGAUGUUUCAUUUACAGCAAAUUUUCCACAUUAUUGUGUUUGUUCUAUUAUAUCUGGUGCAAUAUUUUUUACAUACUUAUCUUCUAUGUGACUGUAAAUAAGUGAGGUGUAUAGCUGUUUACUGAAUGGAUG